AUGGGAAAUUGCUGCGUAACUCUUGGCACAACUGGCCAGAACAAGCAGAAGAAAAACAAGAAGAAACCCAAUCCCUUCGCUACAGAUUUUGGUGGCAUUAAUGGAAAAGAUGGUGAGGGCAAGCUAUGGGUCUUGAAAGAACCGACGGGUCGAGACAUUUCGGUCCAAUACGAUCUGGGUCGCGAGCUCGGCCGAGGUGAAUUCGGAAUCACAUAUCUUUGCACAGAGGCUUCCUCGGGUGAAAAAUUCGCCUGCAAAUCGAUAUCGAAGAAGAAGCUGAGGACCGCUGUGGAUAUUGAAGACGUGCGGAGAGAAGUUGAGAUAAUGAGGCAUUUGCCUCCGCACCCAAAUAUCGUCACAUUGAAGGACACCUAUGAGGAUGAAGAAGCGGUUCACAUUGUCAUGGAGUUGUGUGAGGGUGGCGAAUUAUUUGACCGCAUUGUUGCUAGGGGUCAUUACACCGAACGCGCUGCCGCAAGCGUAAUGAGGACCAUUGUUGAAGUUGUUCAGAUGUGUCAUAAACAUGGAGUAAUGCAUCGCGAUCUCAAACCAGAGAACUUUCUAUUUGCAAAUAAGAAGGAAACAGCCCCUUUGAAAGCAAUUGAUUUUGGAUUAUCUGUGUUCUUUAAACCUGAUGAGGAAUUUAAUGAGAUAGUUGGAAGUCCAUAUUACAUGGCUCCAGAGGUUCUGAAGCGCAAUUAUGGACCCGAGGUUGACAUCUGGAGUGCUGGAGUUAUCCUGUAUAUUUUACUUUGUGGUGUUCCACCUUUCUGGGCAGAAACUGAACAAGGGGUAGCACAAGCAAUUAUUCGAUCUGUCAUUGAUUUCAAGAGGGAUCCUUGGCCAAGAGUUUCUGAUAAUGCGAAGGACCUGGUGAAGAAAAUGCUUGAUCCUGAUCCAAAAAAGCGGCUGACUGCCCAGGAAGUGCUUGAUCAUCCUUGGAUACAAAAUGCCAAGAAGGCCCCAAAUGUCCCACUUGGUGAGACUGUGAGAGCAAGGCUGAAACAAUUUUCCAUAAUGAACAAGCUGAAGAAAAGAGCCCUUGGGGUUAUAGCCGAGCAUUUGUCAGUUGAGGAAGUAGCUGGCAUAAAAGAGGCAUUUCAAAUGAUGGACACUGGCAACAAGGGCAAAGUAACCAUAGAAGAGCUUCGAAGUGGUGUACAACAGCUUGGGCAGCAGAUUCCUGAUCCAGAUCUUCAAAUACUAAUGGAAGCUGCUGAUGUUGAUGGUGAUGGAGCUCUGAACUAUGGAGAGUUUGUUGCAGUUACAGUUCACCUUAAGAGGAUGGCCAAUGAUGAUCACCUACAUAAAGCUUUCGCAUUCUUCGAUCAAAACCAAAGUGGUUUCAUAGAAAUUGAAGAAUUGCGAAAUGCUUUAAAUGAUGAUGUUGACGCAGGUGGUGAGGAAGUCAUCCAUGCGAUUAUGCAUGAUGUGGACACAGACAAGGAUGGGCGCAUAAGUUACGAGGAGUUUGCUGCUAUGAUGAAGGCUGGUACAGAUUGGAGAAAAGCAUCCAGGCAAUAUUCACGGGAAAGAUUUAACAGCAUAAGCUUGAAGUUGAUGAGGGAAGGGUCUUUACAGUUAGCCACUGAGGGUAGAUGA